AUGGCGCUGGCUGUGGCUCUGGCGGGAGCCCUCCCCGGCUCGGAAGCCGGCCCCGCGGAAGAGCUCGCCAAACUCGAGUAUUUGUCUCUGGUGUCGAAGGUGUGCACCGAGCUGGACAAUCACUUGGGGAUCAACGACAAGGACCUGGGUGAGCCCGGGCGGAGCGGAGCGGGAGGAGGGAGGUUCGCGGGCCGAGCGCGCGCGUCUGAGGCUGAGGCCGGGAACGAUUCUCUUAUUAGCAACUUGCUGCGGCUCAUCCAGACCAUGCGGCCUCCCACAAAGCCUUCUACCAGUAAAGAUGCAGUGGUUAAACCGAAGACCGAGAAAGAGAAGCUGAAGGAACUCUUCCCAGUCCUCUGCCAGCCAGACAACCCCUCCAUCCGGACCAUGUUGGACGAGGAUGACGUGAAAGUCGCUGUGGACGUCCUGAAGGAGCUGGAAGCCUUGAUGCCCAGCGCAGCGGCCCACCAGGCGAAGCAGAGAGAGGCGGGACACCGGGACAGGGCGAAGAAGAAGAAGCGGAGCCGGAGCCGAGACAGAGACAGAGACCGGGACAAAGAUCGGGACCGAGAGCGAGACCGUAAGCGGAGACACCGGUCCCGUUCUCGAUCACGCUCCAGGACUCGCGAGAGGAACAAAGGCAAAUCUAGAUAUCGGUCCAGGAGCAGAAGUCAGAGCCCCCCCAAAGACCGCAAGGACCGGGACAAAUAUGGGGAGAGGACUCUGGACAGAUGGCGGGAUAAGCAUGUGGACCGCCCUCCCCCCGAGGAGCCCGCCAUCGGGGACAUCUACAAUGGCAAGGUCACCAGCAUCAUGCAGUUCGGCUGCUUUGUGCAGCUGGAGGGACUGAGGAAGCGCUGGGAAGGGCUGGUGCACAUAUCCGAGCUCCGGCGGGAAGGCCGUGUGGCCAAUGUGGCCGACGUGGUGAGCAAAGGCCAGAGGGUCAAGGUCAAAGUGCUGUCCUUCACCGGGACCAAGACCAGCCUGAGCAUGAAGGACGUGGAUCAAGAGACCGGAGAAGAUCUGAACCCUAACCGCCGGCGAAAUCUAGUUGGAGAGACCAACGAGGAGACCUCCAUGCGGAACCCCGACAGGCCCACUCACCUCGCCCUCGUCAGUGCCCCCGAAGUUGAGGACGACUCGCUGGAGCGCAAGCGCCUCACCCGCAUCUCUGACCCCGAGAAGUGGGAGAUCAAACAGAGUGCUCUUUUCCCGGUGGCACUCGCGGGACUGGAGACCAGCUGUGCCUUCGAUGAUGAGGACCUUGAGAUCGAGCUGGUGGAGGAGGAGCCUCCAUUCCUGAGAGGCCACACCAAGCAAAGCAUGGACAUGAGCCCCAUUAAAAUCGUCAAGAACCCCGACGGCUCCCUCUCGCAAGCAGCCAUGAUGCAGAGCGCCCUGGCGAAGGAACGGCGGGAGCUCAAGCAGGCCCAGCGGGAGGCGGAAAUGGACUCGAUUCCCAUGGGGCUCAACAAGCACUGGGUGGACCCUCUGCCUGACGCGGAAGGCAGGCAGAUUGCUGCCAACAUGAGGGGUAUCGGGAUGAUGCCCAGCGACAUCCCUGAGUGGAAGAAACAUGCCUUUGGGGGCAACAAAGCGUCUUACGGGAAAAAGACCCAGAUGUCCAUCCUUGAGCAGAGGGAGAGUCUGCCCAUCUACAAACUCAAGGAGCAGCUGGUUCAGGCUGUCCAUGACAAUCAGAUCCUGAUUGUCAUUGGCGAGACGGGGUCUGGGAAGACCACGCAGAUCACCCAGUACCUGGCGGAGGCGGGCUACACGUCCCGGGGCAAGAUUGGCUGCACCCAGCCCCGCAGAGUGGCGGCGAUGUCAGUGGCCAAGCGAGUGUCGGAGGAGUUUGGUUGUUGUUUAGGCCAAGAGGUGGGCUACACCAUCCGGUUUGAGGACUGCACCAGCCCCGAGACGGUCAUCAAGUACAUGACUGACGGCAUGCUGCUCCGAGAGUGCCUGAUCGACCCCGACCUCACCCAGUACGCGGUCAUCAUGCUGGACGAGGCCCACGAGAGGACCAUUCACACCGAUGUGCUCUUUGGACUGCUGAAAAAGACGGUUCAGAAGCGGCAAGACAUGAAGCUGAUCGUCACUUCCGCUACCUUGGACGCAGUGAAGUUUUCCCAGUACUUCUAUGAAGCACCCAUUUUCACCAUCCCAGGUCGAACCUACCCAGUGGAAAUUCUGUACACGAAGGAGCCGGAGACCGAUUAUCUGGAUGCCAGCUUAAUCACUGUCAUGCAGAUCCACUUGACAGAGCCGCCAGGUGACAUCUUGGUCUUCCUUACGGGUCAGGAGGAGAUCGACACUGCUUGUGAGAUCCUGUAUGAGAGAAUGAAGUCCCUGGGACCGGACGUCCCAGAGUUGAUUAUCCUCCCGGUGUACUCCGCCCUUCCCAGUGAGAUGCAGACCCGAAUCUUUGACCCUGCUCCACCUGGCAGCAGAAAGGUCGUGAUAGCCACCAACAUCGCAGAGACAUCGCUGACUAUUGACGGCAUCUACUACGUGGUGGACCCCGGAUUCGUGAAGCAGAAAGUCUAUAAUUCCAAGACGGGGAUCGACCAGCUUGUGGUGACGCCUAUUUCUCAGGCGCAGGCAAAGCAGCGAGCUGGCCGGGCCGGGAGGACCGGCCCAGGGAAGUGCUACCGCCUGUACACAGAGCGCGCCUACCGCGACGAGAUGCUGACCACCAACGUGCCGGAGAUCCAGAGGACCAACCUGGCGAGCACCGUGCUCUCGCUCAAGGCCAUGGGCAUCAACGACCUGUUGUCCUUCGACUUCAUGGACGCCCCACCGAUGGAAACCUUGAUCACGGCCAUGGAGCAGUUGUACACGCUGGGGGCUCUGGACGACGAGGGCCUGCUCACGCGCCUGGGCCGCAGGAUGGCAGAGUUCCCCCUGGAGCCAAUGCUGUGCAAAAUGCUGAUCAUGUCUGUUCAUCUGGGGUGCAGUGAGGAGAUGCUGACCAUCGUGUCCAUGCUGUCUGUGCAGAACGUCUUCUACAGGCCCAAGGAUAAACAAGCCCUCGCCGAUCAGAAGAAGGCCAAGUUCCACCAGACCGAAGGGGACCACCUCACCCUGCUGGCUGUGUACAACUCCUGGAAGAACAACAAGUUCUCCAACCCAUGGUGCUAUGAGAACUUUAUCCAGGCUCGCUCCCUGCGCCGGGCCCAGGACAUCCGCAAGCAGAUGUUGGGCAUCAUGGACAGACACAAGCUGGACGUGGUCUCCUGCGGCAAGUCCACAGUGCGGGUGCAGAAGGCCAUCUGCAGCGGCUUCUUCCGCAAUGCAGCCAAGAAGGACCCGCAGGAGGGCUACCGGACGCUGAUCGACCAGCAGGUGGUCUACAUCCAUCCCUCCAGUGCACUCUUCAACAGGCAGCCCGAAUGGGUGGUGUACCACGAGCUGGUGCUGACCACGAAGGAGUACAUGCGUGAAGUCACCACCAUCGAUCCGCGCUGGCUCGUGGAGUUUGCCCCGGCCUUCUUCAAGGUCUCCGACCCGACCAAGCUAAGCAAGCAGAAGAAGCAGCAGCGUCUUGAGCCGCUGUACAAUCGUUACGAGGAGCCCAACGCCUGGAGAAUAUCCCGGGCCUUCCGGCGCCGCUGAAGGGCCAGGCCGCUCUGCCGGCCGCCCUUGCCAGUGGCCUGGGCUUGGACUUCCUUAGUCCUCAUGAGCUGGCCGUGCGAAUACAGCUAGCCAUCUGGUGACAAACAGCUUAAGCCGGACAUUGUCUACCUUGUCUACAGUGCUUUUUUCCCUGGUGGUAAAAUAGAAACGGGUCUGAGUCUGGCCUCGGCUGGCGCUUCCAGUCCCUACUACGCGCAGGCUUGAGCCACUCAGAGUUUGCAGCCAACGUGGGUGGGCAUCAUGGCCCCAUCUCCAGGACAGGAGCUCCUCUGGGAGCCCUCAGGUGGACUGGGGGUGGAGGUGUUUGGACCUAAAGGCUCAGUGAGGGAGCCAGGAAGGUCAGCACAAGUGUCGCGGCGCGGCCUCCGCCCCCCCUGCUUGCCAGCCCACACUGUGGCUUGUCUGGACAUAUUUAUUUUCGUAAAGAAACAAAAAUGGC